AUGGAAGAGAAGACGAGCGAAAAACCACCGGAGGCGGCGGAGGUGGUCCAAAUGGCCGCGUCAAAGGCGUCGGAGUCAAGACAUUCUGCCGAGUACUCGAUGCAGAAUCCACUCGGGAGUAUUUUUGGGAAAAGCGCCCCCAUUCAUCCCAUGCCGUCUUUUUCGUUGUAUAAUGGGGGCCACGGGCUUGAAGAGCCGGAGGGAGAGGAGGCAGGGAAUGCGACCGAGGACUCCGUUGAGACGGAUUAUGAGGGGAAGAAGGGUGGUUUUGUCAUUAGCACCGUCCUCGCUGUGGCGCUUGUCAUUUCUUUUGGUGUGAUAGCAGUAGGUUUAAUUGGUUUUUUGCCCGGUCACAUGAUCGGCUUUCGUGCCGUCUCUGGCACUGCGGAACUUAUACAAGUGGAGGCUGUGAGGGGCGUUAUUAUUAUUAUGCGGUCGACAAUAUUGCAGCUUCCAGAUUUUGCCCACACUAUCACAGCGAAUUAUAUGCGCAACCAAACUUCCGCAUACACAGUGAACGCGUUUCCGAAGACCUCGCAGUCGUUGUUAUAUUCAUUAUUGAGCGUUCUUUCAACUUUCAAAGAUACAAUUUCUUUUUUUAAUUUUAUGGAUAGACGGGGUCUUUACGGUUUUGCAUCCGAGUUUUUGUGGCCUAAUGAAUCCGGUUCAAUGUUGCUUCUUGGGGCUCAUAAUUCGACUACGGGCAUUUCUCCUGUAAUGACAUAUAAUGCUACAAUACUGGAUGUUGUUUCACCUGACCCAUUGGCAUACUGGAACAUCUCUCAGGAACUGUCACAAGAACAAGGCCAAUUUGAACUCAUUGUGGACCCCUGGGUGAAAAACAAAAGCAUCACGCAACGCUGGUUUCCAUAUGCUUUGAAUCGUACUGGGCUAUACUUUGAUUUUAUCAUCCCGUUUGAGAUUGAUGGUUUUGCUGGCUGCUGCGAGGUGGGCAUGCCGACGCAUCGACUUUUGCGAGAGUCGAGACCACUCAUCGCGGCUUUGCGAAAGCAUGGGCGUGUGAUGCUUUUUGAUGACAAGCGAGAUAUUGUUAUACUAACGAGUUGGGGGGAGAAUUCGACGUGGUGGUCUGGAGACAGUUAUUUGUCUUUUGGUUAUCUCACGCUGGACGGCAUCAAGGACCCUCUCGCCGCUGCGGUUGCGCGUCAAGUGAAAAGUAAUAGAAAACAAAUGAGUGAUGUUGUCAAUGGUACGGCUGAACUUGUGUUUCCAUUUGAAAACAGCGCAGUGAGGGCAAGUUUUGCGCGUGUCACUGACAAAAAUGGGUUAAAUGUUAUGUUAUCUGUGGCUGUUCUGCGAUCCGAUUUCUUUUCAGGGAUUGUACAGGCACGCACCAUCAUUAUUGUCGUGGUCGUUGCGGUCGUUACAAUGUCGGCGAUCACUGCUUUUGUAGGGGCUUGCUAUCUGGUGAAGCCGUUAACACAUCUCGUGAACGCACUUAAAAAGGCCUCAAACUUGGAGCUUCCAGGCAGUGAUAGUAAGGUGAUGAAACCCUCAAGAAUCUUAGAGGUGGGGGAGAUACAGGCAGAUUAUGUAAAACUUUUUCGUCAGCUGCUGAUGCUUCGAAAGUUUGUGCCGGAGGCCAUUCUUGCUCGCAUUAAUUUGGGCGAUAUGUCAACCCUUACCGCCUCUGUAGACGUAAAUGAGAACGCUGACGAUCGUGACAGUUCAUUUUCUUCCAAUACGAGCCGUUCACAGGUUGUUGGAAACGAAAUUGGGGUGAAGCGUGACGUCAGACUUAACAGCGACGUUUUUAGGGAGCAACUCAACUUGUUUUCGCCCAGACACUGUACGGUGGUGGCUGUUGAAUUUCACGCAUCGCAACUUUGGGACGACUCCAAGAAGUACAUGACUCUUUUCAUCGCCACGGCCACCGAGCUCUCUGGCUGUGUGGAGGUACUUGGGCCCGAUAAAAUUGUUGUAAGCUUUGGCGCACACACAACUAUUCCCUUGCACUCUAUCGAAGGAUGCCGCUUUGCGUUUGAGUUUUUGUCUAAGCUUUCUCCUUAUGAACAGGGAGCCGUGACGAUAGUUGUGGAGUGCAACGAGUUUCUUGUUGGGACGUGCGGGGCGCAUUUGCGCAAUGCGCGUGUUUUGUUAGGCACAGAUUACCUUUUUGACCUGACGAGAGCCAUGAGUGGAGCCCCCUACCACAUUGCAGCUACCUCCGGUGUGGCUUCACAAAUUCAGGGAUACCAGGCAUUUCCUGUGGAUUGUGUUCUCAUCCCUUCCACCUCACUACCAGUCGUGCUCUAUGAACUGCGCCUACUCACGACGGGCGAGGAGCACACACAAAACGUUACUAAGCUAUUUAGACUUGGAUUUUCAGCGAUGCGUCAAGGAAACUACAAGCAGGCGAUAUCGCACUUCCAGCGCGUGGAAAAGUCGGAUCCUCAGGCACAGCGCCUCAUUCGGUUAUGUGCACAGCGCCGUUUGGCGAAGGACACAACUCCCUAUGUACGCUGUGUGAAUAAUUCAUACGAUAUCGCCAAUAACACUUUUCAGUAUUCGAGUGGGGAAAUUUGGAAUGAAGUACCAGAGAAAAGGGAAUUAAUCAAUAAAACACCCGUAAGCCUUAAAAGGGAAAACAGUAACCUCUCAAGGGAAGAGAGUAUGGCUUUGUUUGAGUUGUGUCAAUCAUCUUCAUCCUCCUCCGAGUCUUUUCAGGCACUUGAGGAUGGUUGUAACAGCGCGGACGAUUUGCCCCUUCUUCUAACGGAUAUGAAUCAUCGAGUAUGGACUAGAUCCCUAAAAAAAAUUAGUGAGGGUGCAUUCAGCGCGGUGUUUCUUGGAAUGUCGGAGGAUGGUGGACAGGUGGCCAUCAAGUGUAUCCCACGGCGGCGUCGCGACAUUAUGCAGGAAUCCCUGGAGGCGGAAAUGAAUGUCGCCUCGAAGCUCCGCCACCCGAACAUUGUUCAAUACGUAUCAUGUAGUGUGGUUCAGUCUCAUCUUGCCAUUAUUAUGGAGUACGUGCCUGGGGGCUCGUUGCAUGCCGUGAUAAAGAACUUUGGGCGUAUGAGUUCCUUAGUGGCACGGCGGUUCACAGUAGAUAUUCUGAAUGGCCUCAGCUAUUUGCACGGCCUUGGUAUUGUGCACUGUGAUGUGAAGCCGCACAACAUGCUUUUAGGGAUGGAUGGCGUAUGCAAGCUGUCGGACUUUGGGUCGACCAUUUCUGAGGCAGCGGACAUGGCGCGGACAAUGGCGGAUGAGGUGAUGCUGCGUGGCACGGCGCUCUACAUGGCUCCCGAGGUGGCGGCUGGUGGUCGUUGCACAUCCCAGUCGGACAUUUUUUCGCUGGGGAUAUCGCUGCUGGAGAUGCUGCUUGGGCGUCUUCCGUGGAAGUGGAGCAGCAAGGCUCCAGAGGGUAGCGAUGCGACGUCACUGCAGGCUCUUUUUAACCGCGACCUCCUCUUUGUGCAGAGUCUUGCCCGUGAUUACCUGGAGCCGGAGAUCCCCGAUUUUCUUGAUUUUGAGGUAGCGCAUUUCGUUCGUUCCUGCUGUCACCCCAACCCUGCCAUGAGACCGUCUGCAUCUGCUCUUCUCUCAUAUUCCUUUGUUCUGUGA